AUGGGGAGAGGGAUUGAUCCAGCGACUCACCGGCCGAUCAACGAGGCCAAAAGUUCUCGAGGUUCGUCUGAAUCUAGAGAAACAGAGGACUCGCUAGUGAAGAAGAUUCUCUCUUUCGGUCCUCAAUUAGAGAAAAAGGAAAGUUUUGGGGAUGAGAGAAAUCAUGAAAAGGGACUGACUUGCAAAAAAGAGAGAGUUGAGUACUCAAUUGUUGAAGAAAGAUGCUUAGAUUUGAAUCUUGAGCUUAGAAUCAGCCCGCCAUGGCAAGACCAGCAGCAGCACCAUGAGGAGACGAAACUCCGGUUUGGGAGAGAGAAAUACCGGUGCAUUGCGUGCCAUUCUAGGUUGGGAAACGACAAGGAGUGUAGCUGUGAUGAUAUGAAAUGUCAGAUAGAGGACAGUAGUAGUACCAGCUAUUCUUCAAGCGACAUUAGUAGUAGUGCUGUUGGUUAUGACUUCUUGAGUUUAAACACUAGUGUUUUGGAUUUUAGUAGUUUGGAAAUGAACUGA